CUUAAGUCCACUGUUGGGUGGAGGUAAUUCGAGUCCACAUGUAAGCCGAGCUCCACGGCCUUGAUACGGCCGCAGGCUUUGAUGGCAGAAAUGACAACAAACAGAACAACGUGGGCCCACAUGACACAAGUGGUGAUGUUGAGGGUUGCCUUCAGGUGCCUUUGGAACACUCCACUCUCGGGACCAAGAAAUAUGUCUCAGAGCAGUCUUGCAGGGAAAGUGGCCAUCGUCACGGCCUCGACGGCUGGCAUCGGCCUGGCCGCAGCCCGGGCCCUGGGCGAGAGGGGGGCGCACGUGGUGGUGAGCAGCAGGCGGCGGGCCGGCGUGGACGAGGCCGUGGCCCAGCUGCAGAGCCAGAACAUCCGCGUCACCGGCACCACCUGUAACAUCGGGAACCAAGGCGAUCGAGAAAGGCUGCUUCAGACGACGUUGGAUCAGUGCGGCGGCGUUGACAUCCUGGUGUCCAACGCGGCGGUCAAUCCUUUCUUCGGAAACUUCAUGGACACUACAGAGGAAGUUUGGGACAAGGUUAUGUCCGUAAAUGUAAAAGCAGCCUUCCUUAUGACCAAGUUGGUGGUGCCUCAUAUGGCAAAAAGGGGAGGGGGAAAUGUCGUGUUUGUGUCGUCCGUUGCUGCCUACCAACCGAUGCAGGGCUUGGGGGCGUACAGCGUUAGUAAGACGGCCUUGGUGAGUCUGACCCGGGCGCUGGCCCCCGAGCUGGCUCAGAGCAACAUCCGGGUCAACUGCGUGGCCCCCGGCAUCAUCAAAACACACUUCAGCGCCCCGUUGUGGCAAAAUGAUGACAUCAUGGAUGGCGUCAAAAAGCAGAUGUGCAUUAAAAGACUCGGCGAACCGGAUGAAAUCGGGGGAGUGGUCGCCUUCCUGUGCACUCAGGAGGCCUCGUACAUCACGGGAGAGACCAUCGCAGCGACGGGGGGGAUCGGCUGUCGACUGUGAUCGCAAAACAGAUUGACAACUCUCCAGAUAAUGCUUCCUGUUUGUAAUCUGAAGAUCCGCAGCUCAUCUGCAGCUUUCUAAUUUGUUUUUUUAAAUCGAGUAUUGAUGAUCCCAUCGAUUAAUCGGGUAAAAAUAGAUUCUGCAUCAUCAUCAUAUUUGUCCACUUGGGGUCACCAUCCUUACAUUCUACUGUAGUAUCUGUGACUCAGUGUGUAUGGUUGGUGAGUGAUGUGGGUGUCGAUGAAUGAGAGUGUGUGUUAUGUCUGAACAUGCUUAUGUGUUUCUUUUCUCACCGAUUGUUCAAUAAAGUUUUUGAAAAUGCA